AUGACCACCCAGGAGGCACAAGGCAUCAUUAAACAGCUGCAAGAACUCGAGUUCCCGUACGCCUUCUCGAAAGCCCGCCGGCUGGCUCUGUUAAAGGGAGACAACGCUGACGUCGAUCUGGUCACACAGGCUGGGGGCAUUCCGUCCAUGUCUAAGCUAUUUGCGGCGACCGGCCAGAAUAACAGACGUAACGCGGGAAAGCGAGCGGUAGACACCGAUAUCCUUCUUCGGGAGGUUCAGUCCAAAAGCAGAAACUCGAAUCGUUAUGCCACCGCCGUGGCGAGAAUGAAUUACCUACACGCACGCUACCGCCAGGCCAACAAGAUCACCGACCUCGACCUCCUCCACACCCUGGGCGACGGCCUCGCCGAGAUAUUCAACGUUGUCGACCGCGAUGAGUGGCGCCGGCUGACCCCCGUCGAGAAGUGUGCCGUGGGCGUCUUCCACAAGAACCUGGGCGAGGACAUGGGCAUCCCCUUCGACCCUUUACCCUCGAGCUGCGACGGCUGGACGGACGGCCUGCACUUCGCGACGGAGCUGAGGGACUGGACGGUGCGGUACGAGGAAGAAGUCGCCAGGCCGACCACCAGAAACGACCAGUACGUCAGGGUUUAUGUGGACUCGGCGGUCUCAUCGCUGCCUGGCUUCGUCAGGGUAGCGUUGCGCAAGUCUCUCGGUGCCGAAUUGGACGAUACGAUGAGCCUCGAGACCCCUGGCCCAAUUCUCUCGGCCUUCCUGACGCUCAUCCGCAACUCUCGAAAGCUCUACCUUCGACACCUCGCCCUCCCGCGACCGCCGUCGUCGGCCGCCAAGCUCGUCGCCGACGCGCCGGACCCCGAGACGAAGCUGUACAACUUUGGACGGCGGAGCCUGCAGCCUUGGUACGUGAAGCCAACGUUCUGGUCGCGGUGGGGCCCAGGAGCGUGGCUGGUCCGCGCCCUCGGCGGCAAGGUGCCCGGAUCGCGGGGGGAUAGGUACUUCCCGCAGGGAUACGACCUGAUGACCAUCGGACCGGAACCCCAGAGAGGGAAGGGGAGAGAGGACAUGUUGUCGGACGCUGAGGUCAUCAUGGCAAGGGGCGUGGCGACAUGUCCGUUCUCGCAGGCCAAGACACCGUCUUCGUUCACGUCUGGCAACCUGUGA